AUGUUGGAUACCUUUGAGAUUGUCACAACGUCCGGUGUGGUGCUGUGGUCGCGCACCUAUGUGCCAGUCGGCGCAAAUGUAAUCAACAGUCUGAUUCGCGACGUCUUCAUCGAGGAGCGCAUACAGCCACAAGCAGACGAUGCUGGCGCUAAACCGUCAUACAGGAAGGAUGGCUAUACGCUCAAGUGGACUGCCUCCAAAGACCUAGGUCUCAUGUUUGUCGCAGUAUACCAAAGUCUUGUCCACCUGACUUGGAUAGACAAGCUCCUCGACAACGUCCGCGCCCUGUUCAUCGGCCUAUAUGGCGAGCAGCUCAAGACGGAGCGCAGUAGCGUCGUCAACUGUGACAAGUUCGCAUCCUACUUUGAUCGCCAAAUACACGAGCUGGAGGGCGCGAGCGACUCAGGCGCACCAUCCAUCAAACUUACCACGCCAGAGUCGAGUACCGAUAAUGACUCUGCGGAUGAGCGCGCACCACAACCACCCUCCUUGCAGAAACCACAACGUCCGCUCUACGAUACCAGUGCCGACUCGACACCGGUACCGACGCCAGAUACAUCCAGACCCACCACACCUGCGCAUAGCGGAAUCCUUACCGGGAAGACCCGACCGCUCGGAGGGAAGAUGUCGCGUAGAGACAAGAAGAAGGCUUCUGCAUUCAAUUCAGCACCAGCCUCAUCAGGAGACGAGGCAUCAGUCAAGCGCAAAGCCAAGGGUUCUGCAAAGAAGGGCAGAGUCUGGGGAGAGUUUGGCGCCGAAGAGGAGGACGACUCGGUACUGGACUACUCACAAUCGGAUGUCCGCGGCGAAACAUCGGGCAACGAAGCAUUGGAAGAGAUCAAGCAGGAGACAUGGGGUCGAAAGACCAACAAAGGCGAAUUCGUGCUCAAAGAUUUAGACGACGAAAUGGAUGCCAUCAUCGCUGAACAGAACGCAAAGAGAGAGAAGGAUACACCCGCAGCAGCCAGCGGACUUGUUGGAUCCAGUUUGGGUGCGAUAGGCGGCCUCUUCAGGAACGUGGUAGGAGGCAAGACACUGACCAAGGAGGACUUGGCCAAGCCAUUAAAAGGCAUGGAGCAACAUCUGCUCAAGAAGAACGUUGCUCUGGAGGCUGCGGUACGGUUGUGUGAAAGUGUUGAGCGCGAUCUUGUUGGCAUGAAGACGCCCAGCUUUACCACGAUCGAAACUACCAUCAAAGCCUCCAUGGAGAAAGCACUCACUAAGAUCCUUACCCCCACUUCCUCCCUCGAUCUCCUCCGCGAAAUUCAACAAACCAACGCCACGACCUCAAGACCUUACGUUCUCUCCAUCGUCGGCGUUAAUGGCGUAGGAAAAUCCACCAAUCUCUCCAAAAUUGCCUUCUUUCUCCUGCAAAAUCACCAUCGCGUGCUCAUCGCCGCUGCCGACACAUUCCGCAGCGGCGCUGUCGAGCAACUUCGCGUACAUGUCGAUCGCCUAAAGGAACUCUCACAACGAGAAGGUGGACAGGUCGAUCUAUUUGAAAAAGGUUACGGCAAGGAUGCAGCUAACAUUGCCGCCGACGCUGUCAUUUUCGCUGAAAAGAACAAUUUCAACGUCGUGCUCAUUGACACUGCCGGACGCCGUCACAACGAUCAACGCCUCAUGUCCUCGCUUGAAAAAUUCGGUAAACUAGCUAAUCCCGACAAAAUUCUCAUGGUGGGUGAAGCCCUCGUUGGCACCGACUCGGUCGCCCAGGCCCGCAACUUCAAUGCCUCUUUUGGCGCCGGCCGCAGUUUGGAUGGCUUUGUCAUAUCAAAGUGCGACACAGUGGGGGACAUGGUGGGUACGUUGGUGAGCAUGGUGCAUGCCACGGGCAUUCCAGUCGUCUUUUUGGGAACAGGACAGCAUUAUAGCGAUUUGAGGACGCUUAAUGUUGGAGCAGUCACGAGGCUGCUUAUGAGCUAG